AGGGAGACAGAACAAAGCUAAUCCGUGCUUCCAGAAAGUGUCGAUGGAAUGGAACAGAGAAGUGGAAGAGAGCAGGAGAAAACAGUGGAGGGGGAGGAUAUGCCACCAGGCUACGGCUGAAGUGAGAGUUGAGGAAAAGGAGGAUGAGGCGGAGGAGGACGGUAAGGAUGCCAGCAGCUGUAUGAAGGUAAAUGAAGAAGAAGAGAGCAGGGAAGUAGGGGAACCUGAAAAAGAGAAGGAAGAUAAAAAUGAUCACUCGAAAAUAAAGGAAGAUGAGGAGAUUGCUGAAGCAAAUACAAAAGAUGAUACAGAUAAAAAAGAUAAAACAGAGUGGGAGGUUAUGGAGUGUGAGGAGGUAGAUGAAGACGAAGAGAAACAGGUAAGGAAAGAAGAUGAGAGUCACAUAAUUGAUGACUUGAGAGAAGAGAGGGUAAAGAAGCCAGAGGAGAAGGAGAGGAUGGUGGAUGGAGAGCAUGGUGAUGAAAGUGAGGAGAUCACGCAUCUGAAGCGAGAACAAAAUGACACCCGUGACCUCAGAAAACAGAAAAACGGAACUCAGCUUCAGCGUUUUCAGCAAAAUGAAGAAAACGGCAAACAAGAUGUGAAAUGUGAUCAUGAUGGCACAGUUUUAGAUUCAUCACAAUCAGUUUUCAGUGAAGAUUAUCAGAAUACUGAGAAGCAGGAUCAAGAUGAACUAAACUAUUCUAACAACAACUCACAGAGAUCUCACAGGAAUAUUAAUGGAGAAAAAACUCCGGAGAGCAGCAAAGAUGGAAGCAAGACAUUGACAUGUAGCAAAAUGACAGAAUCUUGGAAAGCUCGAGAAGAGACUGAAUAUGAGGUUGGAAAUCUCCAAGAUGAUGCAAAUGGUGAGAUAUCCGAAGAUCCACUUGAUGAGGACGAGAAGGAAGAGGAAGGUUUUGUAAAGAUGUACUAUAAAGAUGAUUAUCCUACAACCGUUUUCCUUGCCUUGAAAGAGUUCAGGGACUCUUUUAUUCUCACUGACCUUACACUGAACACAGAGGAUGGCAGGAACAUAUGUGUCCACUCCACAGUCCUGGCCACUGUCAGCUCACUCAUCUGGAUAAAACUGAAUGAGAGAAAAGCAGAAAACAUCAGAGUGACUGAAGGUAAACCUGCUUAUGCUAGUUCUGGAGGCUGUGGGUGGUCAGUGUCUCUUGGUCCAGAAGUGGAUUAUGUUGGAUUAGAGGCGGUUGUGGAGUUUGCGUACUCUGGACUCAUAUCAUGUUUGAAUGUGCAAAACGUGGAUCAGAUACAAGUUGCUGCUCGAGCAAUGGGCUCCCCUCGAGUUUUGGCCCUGUGUCACCUGUACGAAGAGAAACCCACAUUACUUUGCAAAGACAAAAGGGUAAAACUCUCUGCUGCAGAACAAAUGAGCAUCAAUCUGGAGUCUAUCAAACAGUUGUGGAGGCACAGAGUUGGUUGUGAUGUCUGGUUGGAAGCAAUUGGUGGAUCCGUUCUUGUUCACAGAGUUAUCCUGGCUGUCAGUAGCGACUACUUCCGUGGGAUGUUUACGUUGGGUAUGAAAGAGUCCCUUCAGUCUCAUGUGAGUCUUCCAUUCCUGUUGGCCUCGGAUCUAGAAGUUCUGAUUGGCAGCUCCUACAACGGGGCUCUUCCCCUCAACUGGACGGGUGUCUUUGAGAUCGCUGGCUUUUCUCUUCAGCUCCAGUAUCAACCUGCCCUGUCCUUGUGCUUUACCUUCCUUCAGCAAGAAAUAAAUGCCCACACCUGCCUUGACGUGGUAUCUUUUGCUGAAGCCUAUGAAAUGGCACACCUUCUUGAAGCUGCAGAUGAUUUUGUCCUUCGGAAGUUCCAAGAGGUGGCCUGCACCUCCAAGUUCAAGGACCUGCCAGCCAAACAGCUCCUGAAGUACCUGAAUAGUAACUCACUCUGCGUUUCAUCUGAGCUUGUUGUGUUUAAUGCUGUGCUAUCAUGGAUUCAAGCAAAGCCCAGUCGAAGGAUUAGACUUACUGAUGAGUUAAUGAAAACGGUACAGUUUUCUCUGAUGACAUUUAAGGAAUUCAAAGAGGUCCAAUCACAGAACAUUUGGUGCGAUCACAUCUUGACAGAGGUAUAUAAAAACAUAUCUGAAGGCUUCUGCUGCAACCAGACUCCGCAAAAGAGCCAAUGCCGUAUCUAUCUGCCCAAAGAGAGUCUUGUCUUGAUUGGGGGCGACCAGAUUUCUGAAGACCUGGGCAGCCGCAGCGUCAGCAGAGAUGUUUGGUUUGGAAAUUCUGUAAGAACCCUAACAGGGACAAACAAAGCAAUUGAGUGGAGAAGAUUGGGAGAACUGCCAGCUUCACCAAGGUUCAGUCAUGAAGUUGCUGUGCUCAAUGGACAACUGUACAUUCUUGGAGGCAAAAAAUAUUACGGCAAGGGUGACAUCUUUAACUCCGUUUAUAGGUACGACCCACUUCAAAACAGCUGGGAGUCCCUGUGUGAGAUGCAAGAGAAGAGAUCCUCUUUCUCAGUGGUUGUACUGGAUGGACGAUUAUACGCUGUUGGUGGAUACUGUGAACCUGAUCAUAUGGAUACUGUUGAAUUUUACUGCCCCACUACAAACUCCUGGAGAUUUGCCUGCCCUUUGGAUCUACCGUUGGGUGGGCACGUAGCAAAGGUUUUCAAAGGGCAGAUCUUUAUCUCAGGAGGACAAAACACUGACCAGUUGUGUGUUGCAUCUAUGUUCCUGUAUCACCCGGAGACAGGAAGCACCUUCCUGACAAGCAUGAGCAAACCUCGAGCUCAUCACAGCAUGGAGACCCUGGGAGAACACCUGUAUGUAGCAGGAGGAAUCACCACAAAUGAUAACAUGACUGUUAUUGACCAGCUUGCCUGUGAAAUGUACAGUCCAGCCGCCAACUCCUGGACCGCGUUUACGUCUUUGCAAGUGCCACACGUCGGGGCAGGGAGUUCAGUUUUGGAGGGGAAGUUUUAUUUGUUGGGUGGAUACAGCCAGGAGGACUUCAGUGACACUAAUAUGGUUCAUCGCUAUGACAACACCACACAGAAAUGGGAGAACAUGGGACAAAUGCCAGGGCCCAACAAUGAAAUACGAGCAUGUGUGCUGCGUUUGCCACAACAUUUACGUAUGUAAAAUGUUGUCAGCAUAUCAGAGAUUUCAGACAUAAUCUUUCAGGAACAAAUCAUUUUUUACAGUGUGUUGGGCUUUUGGUUUCUGGUACCUGAAACAGAAUUUUUGUAAGGAGAAACUCAACGUUCAAGUAUUGAAGUGUUCUAGUGAUGAUCCUAAAAUCUAAAUAAAUCAUCUCAAACUACACAAAUUUGUCAGUUUUAUUGACCGCAGCUUCCAUUUCUUCAGAUAAAGUUGACUAUUAUGUGCAUCCAAUAAUACCACAAUUAUACACUACUGCGGAAACUUGUAAAGUUUUCAAACUGACUAUAGACGUUGUGGUCCCUGUAUAUUGUAAUGAAUAGGUUAUUAAAUAAAUGUAUUUUUAACAGUGCAUCAAAGUUUAUUCUGCGCUGCCUUAAGAUAAAUGUGUCCAAACACCACGAUAUAUAGGUGCAGACAUUUGAGCGUUUUGCUAAAAUAAAUUCUUCAAAGUCUGCUUUCAUCAAUUGAUUUUUAUAACGUAUGUAAUGUGGGUUGUAAUUAGGCCUGCCACAAUAAAUUCUGUUGGAUGAUAAAUUUCCCCAAAAGUUAUUGGGGGAAACAAUAUUAUUGUUGUUUUGAGACCAUUUUCAAGUGAUAUAAGGGUAAUGACCUAGUAAUGC